GUGAAGUAUUCAAUUCAUCACUGUUGAAGCAACAACUAAGUAAUAUAAACAACUAAAAUGUUAGCUAAGAUCUUUGUCGUCGCUUGCCUUCUUGGCAUGGCUUGCGCAGGCGCCAUUUACAACACCGGUCUCGCUGGCUAUGGCGGUUACGGAGCCGGCUAUGGUGGACACGGAGCCGGUUAUGGCGCUUAUGGCGGCUAUGGCAGCCUUGCUAGCUACGGCGGAUAUGCCGGCUACGGAGGCUACGCACCUGCCACGGCUACGUCGCACGUUUCAGUGAAACAAAUUAUCGCCCCCUCCUACGCCGCUGGCGCCUACAAUGGCUACUCGGGCUAUGGCGGAUACGGAGCCGGCUAUGGCGGAUACGGCAGCAGUUAUUACGGAAACGGUUGGUAAAUCACGUCGUAUUUUUCAAAUCUUGAGACUAUGUACCAAAAAUUACUGUAUAAUAUACAAAUUUUCUCCAUUUUGUGUUCCUAAAUUAUUAUUUUUUACCUACGCUGUUUAUUUAUAAAUAAAUUUAUUUUUGGAACGAUUA